AUGGUUUCUCGCCGUUUGGACAAACUUUCGGCAGGUCUGGCGUUAAGCAACAAAUUUUUGCCGGUACACUGUGUGGUUGCACGAGAUGAGUGUCCACAACGUGUAUUACAAGAUGGAUUUGUAAUCGUACCAGCACAUACAAAAUUUCAUGAAAUUGUAUCAGUUGUUUUACGUACAAUGGAAGCUGAUGUUGGUAGAAUAGAACAAGAUGAAAGAGCGGAUGGUCAAAUACUGAUAAAAAAUUGGAAUCCAUUACCAAUUCCGACUGUCACUGAAAACCGAACGGUUACUGUACAAGAAAUUUUAGGCGAUCUUAUGAAUGUCGCUGUUCUUCAAAUUCGUAUAUCCAAGUAUUCAAAUACAUUAGACGAUAAACGAUCUGUACGUUUAUUAAAACAUUUAAUGCCUUUAGUUAGCGAUGAACGAGACAAACAUGAACUCGUUAAUAAAUUAUGUCAAGUUAUGCAUGAUGAUACUGAAGAUGAUGAUGAUGGACUCCCACAAUCUUCAUCAUCAAAACCAACAACAAGUCCAAAUGGUUAUUCCAUAGCAUCAUCAAAUUCAAAUACUACCGAUGGUGAUAAUAUUCCAUUGAAUCUUUCAACAAAACCAUAUUCAUCACCAUCAAUGCCUAUGAAUUCAACAAAAUCUUUUAUAAAUUAUCCAUUUGCUAGUCUUUUAUCAUUAGCUCAACAUCAACAAUAUGAUUCACCACCAGUACAUGCAUCAUCAACAAUAAAAGAUUAUGCAUAUAGUCGUCGACAACGUGAACGUACAACAUUUGAUCCACAUGAAGAAACACCACGUUUAUUACAAAUAUUCACUGAUACAAAACAUCCAACACGAUAUCAAAUCGCAUCUAUUUGUGAAAGUCUGAAUGCAUUACCAUGCCGAAAAGGUAAAAAAGCACUUGAACCUUAUAAUAUUCAAUAUUGGUUUAAAAAUGCUCGCGCAGCAUUAAAAAGGAAAAAACGUCGUUUUACUAGUUCAGAAACUCCAACAUCACAACAAUUUAUACCAUCAUUACCACAUCAAAUUGAAAAUCACGAUGAACAAAAUCAUACAUCAGUUAAAUGUGAAUUAGAUUCAUCUGAUGAAAUCGAUGAUGAUGAUGAUGAUGAUAUUGAUAUAGAUGAAAAGCAGAAACAACAAAAUCAUAAUAACUAUUAUUUUAAUUAUUUACAAGCAUUUGAUAUAUCAUUAACAGAUCAACAAAGACAAAAAACAACACAAUCAGAUGAAAGUAAUGAUGAUGAUAAUAUGAGUUCAGUAAGUGAACAAACUCCACCAACACAAAUAUCAUUUAAUUCAACAAAAAUAUCAAAUAAUACAACAACAUCAUUUGAUUAUAAUCGUUCGAGACGUAAUAGAAUAUUUAUUGAUCCAGCAUCUGAAGUACCGAAAUUAGAACAAUGGUUUGCAAUUGAAACACAUCCAGAUCAUAUAUUAAUUGAACGUAUAUGUUCAGAAUUAAAUGAAGGUGAAUAUCGAACAAAAUUUCCUAAACUUGAAUCAAAACAUAUACGUUUAUGGUUUAAAAAUCAUCGUGCAAAAGUAAAACGUAUAUGUCGGAUACAAACACCAAAUCUUAAUAAUAAUAAUAAUGAUACAACAAUUGAAACAACGGAAAAGGAAAUGCACAAUGUGCAAUAA